UAAAGCUCUACCUUGCACAAGUUCAUCACAAACCAAAACAAUCGAUUGAAAUCCUUUUAGCCGGCAAUGAUGAUGGUUCCCAGAAUAUUUUAUGUUCUUGCAUUUUUUACUCUCAUGUAUCUCUUCACAGUUUCUUUUGCUUCCACUGAAGAAGCAACUGCUCUCCUAAAAUGGAAAGCAACUUUCCGAAACCAGAAUAAUUCCUUACAGGCUUCAUGGACACUAAGUCCUGCUGGUGCCAAGAAUUCUUCCAGCCUCAGAGCGGAAACUUCUGAUGCAUGCAGGAAUUGGUAUGGAGUUACAUGCGUUAAUGGUCGGGUGAACAAGUUGAAUAUUACAAAUGCUAAUGUUAAUGGUACACUGUAUUAUUUUCCAUUUUCAUCUCUCCCUUUUCUUGAAUAUGUUGAUCUUAGCAUGAAUCAGCUUUCUAGUACCAUCCCACCUGAAAUAGGUAAGCUAACUAAUCUUUUCUAUCUUGACUUGUCCAUCAAUAAGAUUUCGGGCACAAUCCCACCCCAAAUCGGCUCACUAACAAAGCUUAAGACCCUCCACAUCUUUGACAACCAAUUAAAUGGUUCCAUUCCUGAAGAAAUAGGUCAUCUAAGGUCCUUAACUGAGAUAGCUCUGAAUAUUAACUUUCUUGAUGGCCCUAUUCCUACUUCAUUGGGGAAUUUGAACAACUUGUCUUAUUUGUCUCUUUACCAUAACAAUCUUUCUGGUUCCAUUCCUGUUGAAAUAGGGAAACUUGUCAAUCUUGUUGCAGCUUUUCUUGAUACUAACCACUUAACAGGCCAUAUUCCUCUAGAAAUAGGUAACUUAGUCAAUGCAAAAUUGUUUUAUGCUUUCUCCAAUGAAUUGUCUGGUCCCAUUCAUGCUGAAAUAGGGAAGAUGAAGUCACUACAGAAUUUGAGCUUCCAGUCAAACAAUCUCUCUGGUCCAAUUCCCAAAACAAUAGGUGACUUGACUGAGCUCAAACUCUUGCACCUUUAUAACAACCAACUUUCUGGUCCCAUUCCUAGUGAGUUAGGGAAUUUGAAAAACCUGAGUGAUCUGCAGCUAUCCACUAAUCAACUUACUGGUCCAGUUCCUCCUUCCUUUGUUAAUUUGAGAAACUUGCAACUUUUGUAUCUCCGCGACAACAAACUUUUUGGUUCUAUUCCAAAAGAACUUGCCUAUUUGGAUAACUUAGUUAUGAUGGAAAUGGAUGAAAAUCAAUUUUCAGGCCAUUUACCGGAGCAUCUUUGCCGCGGUGGAAAACUUGAGAGCUUCACGGUGAAUAGUAACAAGCUAACAGGGCCAAUACAAAGAAGCUUUAGCAAUUGCUCGAGUUUAAAAAGGGUUCGUUUUGAUAACAACAACUUCACUGGGAAUUUAUCUGAAGCUCUUGGUAUCUACCCAGAGCUUCAGUUCAUUAAUUUGAGCGACAAUGAUUUCCAUGGUGAACUUAGUAGCAAUUGGGGAAAAUGUAAGAAUUUGACUAAUCUGCAGGUGGCUAGAAAUACCAUUAGUGGUAGCAUACCACCAGAUAUUGGAAAAGUUAAUAGGCUUGAACGACUUGAUCUUUCUUCAAAUAAUUUGGUUGGACAGAUUCCUAGGGAAUUUGGAAAAUUGACCUCUUUAGGUACACUUUCGAUGCAAAACAACCACAUUUCUGGAAAUAUACCUAGGGAACUUGGGUCGCUAACAAAGUUAGAGUCACUUGAUCUAUCAGAUAAUAGAUUGAAUGGGUCAAUCCCAACAUUUAUAGAAGAUUACAGGAACAUGUUUCACUUGAAUUUGAGCAACAACAAAUUUGGCCAGAAAAUUCCAAAGGAGAUAGGGGGAAUAACUCAACUUAAUGUACUUGAUUUGAGCCAUAAUCUUCUUGUUGGAGAAAUACCCCCUCAGUUAGCUAAUUUGAAGGUCUUGGAAAGCUUAAAUCUUUCACACAAUGGCCUUUCUGGCCAUAUUUCUGAAGAAUUUGAAAGUUCGAUGGGUUUGCGGGAUGUCGUCUUGUCAUACAAUGAGUUGGAAGGUUCAAUACCAAAUAAUAAAGCUUUCAUGAGUGCCUCAUUGGAAGGUAAUAAAGGUUUGUGCGACAAUUUAACAGGACUCUUGCCAUGCGAAAUGCCAUCUCCAAUGGUGAAGAAGCACUCAACGACGAAGGGCAGUAAACUCAUCCUCAUCACAGUACUUCCUAUUCUGGGAGCACUAGUACUUCUGUGUGCAUUCAUUGGUGUUCUCUUUAUCCGUGAUAAAAGAAAUAGAGUUGGAGAUACUGAAAGACGGGACUCCAGUAAUAGUGUUGAUGUUGAUGAAGAUGAUGGUUUGCUUUCCAUAUCCACGUUAACUGGAACUACAUUAUACCUGGAUAUCCUAAAAGCCACUAAGAAGUUUGAUGCAAUGUGUUGCAUCGGGAAAGGAGGGUCUAGAAGCGUUUACAAAGUAAAGCUUCCAUCGCUUGUGAAUGUAGCUGUGAAGAGACUUCAUUCUUCCUUUGAGGUUAUAUAACACAAAAGUUUCAUGAAUAAGGUAAGGGCAUUGACAAGGAUUAAGCAUCGGAACAUUGUGAAACUCUAUGGCUUUUGUUCAAAUGCACAACACUCAUUCUUAGUUUAUGAGUACAUGGAGAGAGGGAGUUUGUCUAGUAUCUUGAGCAAUGAACUAGAGUCCAAGAAAUUGGAUUGGCUUAAAAGGGUGAAUAUUAUCAAAGGUGUUGCUUUUGCUUUAUCUUACAUGCACUAGGAUUGCUCGUCACCGAUUGUUCAUCGAGACAUAUCAAGGAGUAAUAUUUUUCUUGAUUCCGAGUUUGAAGCUCGUGUUUCAGAUUUUUGAAUAGCUAAGCUUCUCAAGCCAGACUCAUCCAACUGUACUGCACUUGUAGGAACAUACGGCUAUGUUGCACCAGAGCUUGCAUACACAAUGAAGGUUACAAAGAUGUGUGAUGUCUAUAGUUUUGGAGUAUUGGCAUUGGAGGUAAUCAAAGGAAAGCAUCUUGGGGAACAUAUUACUUUGCUAGCGAAUUCACCAACUAGAGAUGUGCAGCUUAGCGAUUUGCUAGAUGAAUGCCUUCCAUAUCCUGAAGAUGAAGUAAAAGAGGUUUUGGUUUUUAUCAUCAAGUUAGCAAUCUCUUGUUUACUUGAAACUCCAAAAUCAAGGCCAACAAUGCACUUCAUCUCCCAUAUGUUGUCAAUGGAUCCACCUGUUUCUCAAAUAACCUCCGUGAAGGCUAAAAGCUUCCCCUAGAUGUAAGGUGUCUGUGUAUAGAUGUAAGGUGUCUGUGUAUGGAAAAAUAACAAGUUUUUACACCAACUGGUUGUGAAGUAAGAAUAAGAGUGACAUGACAAAAAUAUUACUUGGACUAGUAUUUGUGUAUUAUAUUGUUAGUUGUGCUUAUCUAGUUUAGUGUUAUAACCAGGAUUCUGAGCCCUUGUAAAAGAGUGGAUACAAUAUCAAGUAGAAGGUAAUAUUUUUA